AUGGUGCAGGUAGCCAAAGGGCCUUUCUCCAGAGCUGUCGUUGGCUUUGUGGGCAUAAAAAGGGUCAGAGGCAUAGGGGGAAAAAAAGCUAAUGUCAACCCAUCGUUUCACCUCACCUGCUUACAGUUCACGAAUCCAAUGGAGUUUGGUUACAGCGUGAGAGAAAACAAGAGGUACUGCCAGGAACUAGUGAACGUCCUCUGCAUGGGUGCAAACGGCAAUAAACUGAAACUUGAAGAUCGAUCUAUUGUCAUCAGAGACAUAGUGAGACGGAACAAUUCCAAUGAUAACCAGUGUGGAAUUGUGACUAACAUUGACAUUGAGUGCGCCGUGAAAUUGGUUGGAACAAACUGCGUGCUGUAUCCAGUCAACAGCAAAGACCUGCAACACAUCUGGUCUUUUAUGUACGGAGACUAUAUUGCCUAUGACUUCUGGUUGGGCAAAGUGUGCUCCAUGAGUGUGGAAGACGGCGCCAAGCUUUAUGACGUUUGUCCGCAUGUCAGUGAUUCGGGUUUGUUCUUUGAUGAGGCGUAUGGUUUUUACCCAGGUCAAGUUCUUAUCGGUCCAGCCAAAGUCUUCUCUAAUGUACAGUGGCUGUCGGGGGUCAAACCAGUCCUCAGCAGGAAGUGCAAAUUCAGGGUGGUGGUAGAAGAGGUGAAGGUGGUGGAGUUGAAAGUGACGUGGAUAACAAAGAGCUACUCCCCAAAAGGCUCUGACAGUGUGUAUCCACCCCCUUCCACCAUCACACAGGAAAACCUCUGCAGGGUGAGACGCUUGGGCUACUAUGAUCACACCCAGAGGCAGCUGGGGGAGAGGGCCCUUUAUAUCUUUCCUGCAAAAGGCGACGCCACACGCAUCACCUGUGAAGGCCCCGAAGGGGCCCCUGUUCUUCCAGAGGACCCUGUUGCCAGAAAGUUAAAAAGGAUGUUCAAAAAGGAUUCGGGGAAGAAGGCGGAAAACGCUGACUCACAAGGUGAACUGAAAUCAGAGCAGGUAGACUCGUCUCGUCCCAACAACAACGGGCCUGUGAUGUCGCUGCCGAAUUCGCUGGACUCUCAGAACCCCAGCAACUCCACGGCUGAACACGUGGAGCAGGACGCAGAUGACGAGGCUGCAGAGGACACGGAUGACACCAGUUCCCUGACAUCAUCUGCAAGCUCCACUGCCUCCUCCCAGAGCGGUGGCCUGGGAACCAAUCGCAAGAAAAGUAUCCCACUCUCCAUCCGCAACCUGAAGAGGAAGCACAAAAAGAAGAGGACCAAGUUCUCCCGUGAGUUCAAGCCUGGAGACCGGGUGGCAGUGGAAGUUGUGUCCACAAAGACCACAGCUGAUGUGAUGUGGAAGGACGGGUGGGUUGAGAAGGGGAUCAGAUCAAAUGAUCUCAUCCCCAUUCAGCACCUUGACAGCCACGAGUUUUGUCCUGGGGAUUUUGUGGUCGACAAGCGACCUCAAGCCCUGCAGGACCCAGGAGUGUACGGUGUCAUCCAGUCUGGGGAUCACAAGGGCAGAACAUGUGUCGUAAGGUGGAUCAAACUCAGCUCCACUGGUGACAAUGUCGAGGUCAUUGGUGUAGAGGAGGAUGUCAGCGUGUACGACAUUGCAGAUCAUCCAGAUUUUCACUUCCGAACUACAGACAUUGUCAUCAGAAUAUGGAACUCGGAGAAUGGACAGAAUGACUGUGAAAAUGAGGUGUCCAGGGUGGAUGUCAGCAGCAAAGUGGAGGUUGUGUGGGCCGACAACUCUAAGACGAUCGUACUGCCACAGCCGUUUGCUGACAACGCAACAAUCCCCACCCAGCACCUCUACAACGUGGAGUCCGAGAUCGAGGAGACGGACUACGACUCCGUGGAGGAGACGAGCAGCGUGCUGUCCACCGAAGAGUGGGAGGACGAGAGCGAUAGCUGGGAGACGGACAACGGCCUGACGACUGAGGACGACAGCCACGUCAACAACGCGGAGGCGACAGAAACGGCAACUCCCACCCUCACACCCACCGGUUCCACAUCCUUCAUCAUCCCCCCACAAGAAGAAGGCAAGACCGGAGGCACCAGCCCGACUAAAGGAGUCCCGAUAGAGGAGGGAGAAACGUCUGUGGCAGUGGCCAGUCCUUCCUCUGGAGGUGGAACAACUCCAGGAGGAGCAGUCAACGGAUCAGAGAAGCCCAGCAAGGACGGUUCCUCUCGAGGGUUCAGGGAGUUGAAAGAGGCCCUGAAGAUCCUGGAGAGUCUUAAGAACAUGACUGUGGAACAGCUGUGGACAGGCGGCUCUCCGACAUCGCCGACAUCUGCCGAACCCGCUUCUGUAGAGAACGUUGCGAGUUCAGUCACAUCAGCUGCCCCAGAAAAACCAACCAAGGAGAAACGCUUCCUGGACGACAUCAAAAAGCUGCAGGAGAACUUGAGGAAGACGCUGGACAACGUGGCCAUCGUGGAGGAGGAGAAGAUGGAAGCUGUGGUGGAGGUAGCUGGAAGUGGAGGCGCAGGGGUAGAGCCAGAGAGAACUGGAGAGGACAAGCUCCAGCAGGAGCCGCAGACACCAGUGGGCGGGCAAGAAUGGCCCAGUGAGUUUCUCAGUGACACGCCAGUACUGUGCCAACAGAGUGGAGGGAAACCGGGAGUGACCUUUACCAGUGCCAAGGGAGAAGUGUUUUCAGUGCUAGAAUGGGCACCAGACACUCACUCAUUUAAGAAAAUGGAGUUUCAGCCGGCAGAGGCGAAGAAAUUUUUCAGCACAGUGAGGAAGGAAAUGGCCCUGCUGGCAACAUCACUGCCUGAUGGCAUCAUGGUGAAAACCUUUGAAGACCGCAUGGACCUGUUUUCAGCUCUGAUCAAAGGACCAACCCGAACCCCCUACGAGGAUGGACUCUUCUUGUUCGACAUUCAGCUGCCCAACAUCUACCCAGCUGUGCCGCCUCUGUUUCGCUACCUGUCCCAGUGCAGUGGCCGCCUCAAUCCCAACCUCUACGACAACGGCAAGGUUUGCGUCAGCCUGCUGGGCACCUGGAUCGGCAAAGGCACUGAAAGAUGGACCAGCAAGUCCAGCCUAUUACAAGUCCUAAUUUCCAUACAAGGCCUCAUCCUGGUCAACGAGCCGUACUACAACGAGGCCGGCUUCGACAGCGACCGGGGCCUGCAGGAGGGCUACGAGAACAGCCGCUGCUACAACGAGAUGGCCCUGAUCAAGAUGGUGCAGUCCAUGACGCAGCUGCUGCAGAGCCCCGUGGACGUCUUCCAGCAGGAGAUCCGCCAGCACUUCGCCUCCAGCAGCUGGCGGCUGGUCCACCGGCUGGAGGCGUGGCUGGAGCUCAACGAGGCGGCGGAGCGGAGCUCGGCGCCGCACCCGUCCUCCAGGAGCCACCACAGGGAGCGGGCGCUGGCCGGCACCGAGCCGCCGGACGAGUGCCCCCCCGCCGCCGCCACCGCCGCGGCCGCCCACAGCGGUCCCGGCAAGCCCGGGGAGGAGGCGGCGCCGGCGGGCGUCCACGCCGUCAUAGAGGAGGAGCCGGAGGAGCUCAGCCCCUCCGCCGCCGCCUCGUACCAGGAGGCCAGCCAGAACUCGGACAGCUGCGAGGGCGCCCCCCCCGGCGGGGAAACCAAGGCCGCCGCCGCUCCCUCGGCCCGCGGCGGGACGUCGGAGGCGGCGGCGGCGUCCUCCGGCAGCCAGCAGGCGGUGCGACCAAAGAAAAGGCGGAAGAGCUACCGGAGCUUCCUCCCCGAAGGCGGCGGCUACCCGGACAUCGGCUUCCCGCUCUUCCCGCUCUCCAAGGGGUUCGUGAAGAGCGUCCGCGGCGUGCUGCUGCAGCACCGGGCCGCGCUGGCCGCCGCCGGCAUCCCCGAGCACACAGAGGACAAUGACCCUUCAGAUGAGUGCGAUGGAUAA